CCAGGGAUGCCACAGACUGAGAGUGAGUGGUUGAAGAGUGGGCGGCUGAACAGUGGGCGACAUCAGCAGCAGCGAGAGCGGCGGGAUGAACAGGGAGAGGAGCCAGACGCACGUACCCAGCCCAAAGAUUCUGUCUCACCUCAGCUCUAUGCUCGUACCUCUGUUACGCAGGUACUGGUUGAACUGUUACUGUGGUUGAAAUCAAAAUUUGAGCCAGAUUUACAAAGAAAAAUAAUAAUACAUAAUGAAUACCAAAAUAAACAAUAUUGAAAGUUAAGACCACAAGCUAAAGUGUACAUCAAUCGGUUUCAUAUCGUUUGCUUUUUCAUUUGUUUUUUGGUCUAUGAUUUUUGGUAUAAUAAUACUAAUUUAAAGACUGUUAAAGAUAGAAUCCUUAAAAAUAACAAAGCGUAACCCAGCCUCUGUUUCGAUAAAAAGCUGAGGGAUGGGCCUGGAGAAAUGGAACCACUCUCAAAUGCAUAUACAGAGCAAUGGAUGCAAGGACUGACCAUACAUGAUAACAACAUUACAGUUUUAACCAUGUUUUGUUUGAGUGUUUGUUUACAUUUACAUUGUUUACAAACAUUGAAGGAAAACAAGCUUAUAUUUUGGGUUCUGAUGGGGUACGACAGUUGAACUAAACUCAUGAGGCAUUUAUAAGUUAUUUUCUUCAAGAAUCAAUGGGUAUAUAUCAUGAAUUGUUAAGUCCAAAAAUGUAUGUUGCAACUAAGGAUUCUAGCUUGGAGGCAAUAUUUAUAUUUUCCUUACAUGGAAUAUUUUUUGUCCUAAUAGUGAGCGGAAUGAUAUAAAUAAAUGUCCAUUAUUCAUAGAUGGGCUUCCCAUUGAUGAUUAGACAUGGAGGUCCACUUAUGGCCUCAUCUCAGCUCCAAAGCAUAUUGUUACAGCAGGUAUGAUAUUCCUCCUUAUACCUCCUAUUAUAACGUGUUUCAAUGCCCUAUUCUGACCUGAGAUUCAUGUAACCCAUACAUUAUUGUUUCAGUUUCACUGACAAGAAAGUUGCUUGUGUUUGCUCAUAAAACUCCCUGCUGGUAAAAGGGGGUACUGUAAGUGUGAGUGUCUUGUUGCGUGUCCUCCCCAGUGUUCCAGUGAGGAUGAGGGGAGACCGUUCCUGCAGCGGGUGUCUCGGUGCCCUCAGUUGAGCCAGCACAGACCCUCUGUUCUACGCCAGGGUGUCCAGGCUGCCCACGUACGACCACAGGGUACUCUUUGCUCUGACUGACCCUCUGCAGCCCCCUUACGUACACAACUGAACUAUCAUGUCUUAGGAGAAGAUAGAAUAGAGCUCGCCAGCAUGUAGUCCUAAAAAACGGAAAUGAGCUACCUCUGGUUCGUUCAGCCAUUAAUAUGGGGAAAAUGAAUGGGGAAAGAAUAGGGUUUUGGGAUAAAUGCUGAAAAUACAGUCUGAGGUUAACACAGGCUUACAAGAUCUUAUAGGUUUUGUUCUAUGAUAAUAUCAGUCAGUUAACAUGACAUUUAUGAAUUAUGAAGCCUUUAUGUGCUUUAUGGGCUUUUUUGAUUACAUAAAUGCUUCAAAAUUCUAAAAAAGUGACGUUAGCUGGUGAAGAUGAACUCAUAGAAGAAAACCUAUAAGAUCUCCUAAGCCUGUGUUUACCACAGACCUAUAAAACUCCAUUAAUUUCCCCAUAGACUUUGUUCAACGGACCAUAGCGGCUUUAAAAUCAAGGUGUCAUUACAUAUGUUGUAUACAAUUCUAUACAGCCAUUAUACAGUAAGUUAUUCAAAGGAGGUUCAUGGAAAGUGUAUCUAGGUCUUUCUCCAUAAAGAUCAAUUUUUCUCUACCUUCUGCUUCUCCAGCACCAUGCACUCUAACAGAGGCCAGUUCAGCUCAGCCCAUCUCACUAUACAAGGUGGAGGUGGACACAGGGAGCCGUGGACAGUCCUCUCCCCCACACUCUGAGCACUCUCCUGGGCCAACUCGUCACCCCUCUCCCCUGAGGACAGCUAGUGCUAAGCAGAGCUCCAUCAUUACCAGGCAUCAUGAGUGAGUUCCGUGUGUGGUGUGAUCAUCUGAGCGCGUGUGCACGCAUGUGACAUAAACAGACAAUGCAUAAACAAUGCCAGUUUGGUUUGAUUAAGUCCUACAUUUAUAAUAUUCCUCCCUUCAUUCUGCAGGCCAGGUCACCCAACCCAUGGGGGGUCCAGUGCUCUGUUUCUCAAUGGACUCUGCUGCUGGCCAGGCUGCGAUGCAGUAUUUGAAGAAUUUCCAAGUUUUUUGAAGUAAGUCAUGAGCACCAGUAUAUUUCAUUGGUCAUUGUGAUGCAGUUGUGGUGCUGUUCUUUAUAGUCAUGACUUUGAAACUCUUUAUGUUAUUUCCAGACACCUCCACUCUGACCAUGGCCAUGGAGACAGAAGCAUUGCACAGUGGAGGGUACAACAAGACAUGGUGCAAUACAUGGAGACCCAGGUUUGUUCCUGUAGUUAUACAUAUAAAAGACAGUUCUACAGAAAAGUGAACACGGACAACUAAGUCCAACUAAGUGAAAAUGUGGCCCUUAAUGAACCUUAAUGAGUCUUCUCUCUUUUUUAGCUGACUGUGGAAAAACAGAAACUCUUCGCAAUGCAACUACAUCUGCACCUAUCUGGACACAAAUCAACCUUCUUGGUAACUUCUCAAGGCUUCCCUCUUUUGGCUAAUGCCCUCAAGUGACUAUAGUAACCAGCCAUGCCAUUGUCCAUUAUCCUGCACUUUUUAAGACAAUUUCUAUGUACCCCAACUUGUCCUUGUUUUAUGUCUGUGUUGUCGGGUCACGGUCUCUCUCCCUGUCAGAAGGCGGGUUCAGACUGGCCCUACAGCCACAGCCUGUCUUUAGGCCUGCCUCAGAACCCAGCCCCGGCCCGGGCGCCAGAUGGAGUGCCACACUGCGCCAGUAAAGAGCCAGAGGAGCUGGAGCAGCAUGAGUAUUUUCCCUCUGCUGCUCCCCCCCACCUAUGGCCAGGUAACACUGCCCCCGCCCCUUCCAUGCUCCUCUUUAACACAGGAUAACAUUCACAUAAUGCAACGAGGCAUAGCAUGACUGCUGAUUCGCUCUUCUGAGUGCAUUCCUACAAGUGUUUUGCUUGUUUGUUUUGGUGAUGUUGCCUUUCGCGUUGCUGUGAAAUCUGAUCCAAACUCGAGACCUGGCAUGUUUGCUUUCUUUGGCCGUCCCACAGAUCUUAUCCCGAGUGUUGAGUGUUACAAAUACAACAACAUCAGGCCACCGUACACCUACGCCUGCCUGAUAAGAUGGGUGAGUUGUCUGAUUUUGACAGUAGAGUACCUCUGAACACUUGAGUAAAGGAAAAGGUAGACUGUCGAGAGUCUGGCUGAGUGGCUGAGCAACAUACAGUUUGCUCGGUAGUUCAUGCAUUUUUGUUGGACUACAAGUGUGAAAUUAACAUCAAAUCUGUUGUAUUGGACUACAUGUGUAGCAAGACUUCAAUCUAUGUCUAGACUUCAUGUGAGUUGUUUCAAUUGCACAAGCCUAUUGUGAACGUCCACAAUGUCUGUCUGCAGUCUAUACUGGAGUCUUCAGACAAGCAGCGCUCUCUGAAUGACAUCUACAACUGGUUCACCACCAUGUUCUUCUACUUCCGACACAACACGGCCACAUGGAAGGUUAGACUUCUCCUUGGAUCAUUAUGCUCACUUUCAUAUGAGUCUUAUAUUUGAGUCUUGAGCUAUAUUGGCUCCUGAAAUCCUUACACAAGCUGUAUUCAUUUGCCACCACAGAACGCUGUCCGUCAUAAUCUUAGCCUGCACAAGUGUUUUGUGCGAGUGGAGGGAGGCAAGGGGUCCGUCUGGACAGUGGAUGAAAUGGAAUAUCAAAGGAGAAAGGGACAGAAAUACCACAGGUAG